AUGUCUCUAAAGGCAAGUAAAUUUAUAAAUAAAAUUAAACGCCCUUGGAUAAAUGUAAUAAGAGGACCAUCAAUAUUCCAUUCAGUAUUAUUUGGAUUUUUAUCAGGUAUUAUAUUUUAUGGAGUAGGCUUUUAUGGAUAUCGAUUUAUACAUGUAACCUUGUUCGAUACUGAGAAUUUAGCUAUACAAUCAAAAAGGCGAUAUAUGGAGAAACAACAACUUUUUUAUAAUAAACUUGAAGACUAUUUGAAUUCUCAAUAUUUAUUAUCACUUGCCAAAGAAUACAAUCCUGUAUCCUUAUCUGCUCCUUUUAAUGAUAUAAACCAAGAAUUCAUAUUGUAA